AGAGUGCAAUGUGGCAAGUGGGUUGUGUAGUGAGAGAUCUGAAUAUGCAGUUUUCAAUUUAUAGCUGCGAAAUAGGUACCCGUUGGUGAAAGACCGUAUGAUCCGAAAGAGGGGAAAGUCUGGUAGUUGACUGAACGGCAUUGGCCUGGCGUUCGGCUGCAUGGAGAAACAGUUGCAUCUGAAUUUGUUAGCCUCCAGACCUCCCGUGCCAGGAGGCGGAGGCUUGCAGUCGGGGUCUAAAAUGAGGAUGGGACCUGGACGGAAGAGAGACUUCUCCCCUCUGUCCUGGAGUCAAUACUAUGAAACAAUGGAAGAUGUAGAAGUGGAAAACGAUAAUGGCAAAGAUACAUUCAGAAUCUACAGCAGUGGCCAGCAUGGUCCAGUGUUGCUCCUGCUCCAUGGAGGGGGCCACUCUGCUCUCUCCUGGGCUGUGUUUACUGCGGUAAUCUACAGCAGAAUUCACUGUAGGGUCGUGGCUAUGGACCUCAGGGCCCAUGGUGACACCAAAGUAAAGAAUUCAGAGGAUCUCUCAGCAGAAACAAUGGCCAAGGACAUUGGCAAAGUGGUUGAAGCACUCUAUGGUGAAAACCCACCUCCAAUCAUGAUGAUAGGUCACAGCAUGGGUGGAGCUAUCGCAGUUCACACUGCAGCAGCCAACCAUGUGCCUUCAUUACUUGGCCUCUGUGUCAUUGAUGUUGUAGAAGGCACCGCAAUGGAUGCCUUGAACAGUAUGCAGAAUUUCCUCAGGAGUCGACCCAAGACCUUUAAGUCUGUGGAGAAUGCAAUUGAGUGGAGUGUGAAGAGUGGACAGAUUCGAAACAUAGAGUCUGCCCGGGUUUCCAUGGGAGGCCAAGUCAAAAAAUUUGAGGAACCCCUCAACAGUUCAAGUAUCUCUAAGAGCAUUGGUGAAGGCAUCAUUGAAGAGGAGGAGGAAGAUGAGGAAGGAGAAUCCAACCACAAAAGAAAGAAGGAAGAUGACCAAGAGGUGAAGGAGAGCGUCUAUACCUGGCAGGUUGAUCUGUCAAAGACCGAGAAGUACUGGGAGGGCUGGUUCAGUGGCCUGUCUUCUCUCUUCCUAUCCUGCCCUGUGCCAAAGCUACUCCUGCUUGCAGGCGUGGACAGGCUUGACAAAGAUCUCACAAUUGGACAGAUGCAAGGGAAGUUCCAGAUGCAGGUGCUCCCUCAGUGUGGCCAUGCAGUCCAUGAGGAUGCGCCUGAAAAAGUAGCAGAUGCUCUGGCCUCAUUCAUGGUCCGUCAUAAAUUCACUGACUUCAAGGAGGGUUACCUUUGCUAACGGGAAUAGGAUCCAAACAGCGCUCUUGGUGGAGUGCCCUGGAGAAUCAUGUACACAAUCUCCUGCUAAUUAUUCCCAACUGGGAGAAAAUAGAUCAAUAAUCAUGAAAAAAAACAUGAGUACUAUACAACUGCAAAAACGUCAUCACUUCGGUUUCCUAAUUUUAAAUAAGCUUUUGUACUGAAUUAUUAUUAUUUGUAAUAUUACUUUGAGACAUGUACAUUUAGAUCUUUUGGCACUAAUUCCUUUGCCUUCUGUUUUUCAGGCCAUCCUACAUCCAUUUUUUUCUUGUGAUUCUUAUAGUUUUUAUUCUUUUCAUUUUUGAGCGACUGCGUUAACUUGUGCUGUGUUUAACAUUAGCUUGGUUUCCAUCCAGUUGGUGACAAGUUUUCAUGCAAGUGUUCUAUCCAUGUUUGCAUAUUUUCUUGCAAGUAGUUGUUUCCACCUGAAUUUUGCAAAUUAAAGUGAUGACAUGCACAAACGUUUCAUUUUCACUUAAGCUUUCAAGUACAGAAUAAAAAUCAAAAGUCUGUUUUUCUAUUGUAUUUCCAGCUCUACCAAUAGUUGUCACAGAAAAUUUUAAAUGAUAGAUAUGGCUACUCAGAUCUUGGCAUGUGUACUAGCCAACAUCAGACAUAAAGAGGAUAUUUAUUUAUCAUUGUCAAAAGGCAGCCACACAUCAAUAUUUGUGUCACCAGAAUAGGUUAGGAAGGAACAUCAAGCCCCAUGAACUUUCAUUAUUCUGUAGCUUAACAAGCGGCAUGCUGUUUUACAUUUCAUAUUGUUAUAUGGUCAAUAUUUGUGCAUAAAUGCAUUUCCAAUGCCAUUUCUUGCAUAUAUUAUUUUAAAGACACAAAACUAUCCUAAAAUGUCGAUGAAAUUGUCUCGACAUAUUUUACAGAAAAAAUCCUGUUUAUCUGUUGUGAUGUUUUUCAUUUUCUUGUGUAUGAACUGUGGAUGGAAAUGUGGUUAUUGUUGGAUUUGAAGGAUUAUGAUUAAAAAUUUAAAAGA